AUGGCUAAUUCCUCUCCCCGUCUCGCCACACAAGAGUGCUACUCCCUCAUGUCUCUCAUUUCAAGUUCCGUCGAGCCGACCGUUUCGUGCUCUAUCGAAGCGCUGCGGGAGGUCAGCCAUGCAAAGGAAACCUUUGAUUGGUCUGACUAUCCAGUCGUCGGAGAAGAUACGAUUAUGAUUAAUUCUACUCCGUCACAAUCAUAUUUUAAAUCCACCAUUUAUGAAGAGCGAUUGACUCCUACAUCAAGAUCGAGAUCUCCCCCUCCGUCUCCUACUUCUUCGCGGAUGUUUCCUUUUUCCGAUGAGACAUCAUCCAAGCCUUUUGUUCAGGAGCUGGAAAAACGAAUCGAUAGCAAGAAAGUUGCUUUUUCGGACAUUUUGGAAAUCCGAACGCACGAAAUUGUGCUAGGAGAUCAUCCUUGCUGCUUGGGCGGCAUGGCGUUGCAGUGCGACUGGUCCCACACGGACCUCGAGAUUGUCGAUUUUGAAAUGCACGAACGUGUUGGUUCCAAGCGCCGGAACGCGGACUUACGCCUCAGCUACGGGGAAAGGCGACAUCGUUUACAGGAGGUAACUGGCCUCUCUGGGGCACAACUUUUGCAGCAAGAGUACGCUUUGGUCUGCGCGGCCAAGGGCUACACGAUGACACCUCUGACUGUCUCGUCACGACAGAGCCUUGCCCUCGCCUGUGGACAUUGAAUAGCAAAAGCUUUCAAAAGUGCUACCUUGCUAACCUUUUGGACUACUUGCAAUACUAUGUAUAAACUAUGUAACAAUUCAGAAAAUUUU